AUUAAUGCCUUUGUCCCUUCCGCUCCCGCGCCAUCUCCCAUAAUGGAAGCAUCCACACCUUCUUCUCCAUCCUUUGAAGCUGAAGCAUCUACAUCUUCUUCUUCACUGUUUGAAGCAGAACCAUCCACUCCGUCUCCUCCUCCUACUUUGUCCUGGACGGAGAAACUAAGGCUUGCCCUUCCAAUGGACAAAGUUUUCCCACCUUACCAACCUCCGUCACCCCUUUCUCCAGCCGAGCGAAAGCAAGCUCAACUUUUGCUCGCGGCUUUCUCCCACCUGCCCUUCAAUGUUCUUGAGGAUGACAUUCCUCUUAAGAACUUUCGAUGGGCUUGUGAUGUCCUGACUAGGGGUUAUGUCCUCAACCCUCUUGCCCAAGCAGAGCUUCAUUUGUUUUUGGACCAACUUCCAGUGCUCCUUUAUUGGCAUCGGAAUUCCAUGGUCACCAUGCAAUCUUUAGACCAACUUUCGUCUCUGCGAAUUCAGGCCCAGUAUGAAGCAGAAAACUUCACCGAAGAAUUCGACGACUUCAAGAAUAAAGAUUCUGCAUAUUGGGAUGAUUUGAUCGUAGAUGAAUUGGAACAAAGAUUGAGGGAGGAGGCUUUUGAAAUAAAGGCUGAAGAGCUCUAUUAUGAAGUGAGAGCACAUCAGCUCAUGCAGCCAACUCUUGAAGAAAUAGAAGAUAUAAUAAAGAAAGAACAGAAAUUCAUUGACCAUUGUUGGACUAAAUUUCAUGAUCUUGUUAUCUAUUCUAUUCCUUAUUUUUAUGAACUUGA